CCGCACCCCUCCUCAUAUCACGACCUGCUUGUGGUCGAUUCAUUGAUUUCCCUUUCUCCAGCCUCUGAUUCGUUGAUACUUCAUUUCACGGGAAAUUCACCUGGUAUAGUCUCUUUGGUACAACUCUGACUCAGAAAUUCGGCCCUGCUUCUUCCCCUUCAAAUUUUCUUCAAUUAUUUCCUUCAGUCAAACAUCAUGUCAUCUGUUAGCAGUGUUCUUAUACGCCGGGGCACCGAGUUGAUUUCCGCUCGGCUUCGAGAGCGUGGACAGUCUCGAAUGGAUGGAUUGCUAUAUGGAUUGCUAUUCGGCUUAAUUGUCAUUUUUACGGCCGUUGCAUUUAGUUUCGCAAUCUUUUGGGUUGACUACACCUGCGUCAAUGUUAUUGCGACUCUGGCCGCGGUCGAAGACUCCAACCCGAAGACCUAUGUUUGCCUCGACAGAGAAGAUACUAACGAUACCUUCGACCCUAAUGAUCCCGAGAGCACAGCUGCAUCAACCACUAAGCCUAUCACUAGCGGGCUGCGCUCGGCCAUUAAGCACCUACUCGCGCGUGAUGGCAUCUGGUCGUCCUUCCGUGGAUUUCGUAUGUAUCUGGCCUUCACGGGACUCACCAAUCUGGGCGCGGGUCUUCUAAUUCAAGCUGUUGUUGUUACUGCGGACCACUCUGUCUCCUUUUCAUUUUUCAGUUCAUUUUUUGGACAGUUCAUCGCUAGCAUGCUCUUGGCCACUUGGCAGACGGCUUGGGUUCAUCGUGUGAUCGCCGACAAAGCUCUUAGGAGCUCCUCCCGGCGAAUGCUUGGCCUCCGGCAUUGGCCUAGAAUUGCCCCUGCGGCUACUUUGUACAAUUUCCUAAGGUGUGCGCCUUUCUCUCUGCCUAUAGUUGCUGCAGGGCCCGCUGGCGCUGGCUGGAGCCCCGUAGCCGUUGUCACCGAUCAGGGAUAUAAAGGGUUCCUCCGUUUCCUAGCCAUUUAUAUUCUCCCGGCUGUAUUUCUCCCACUGGCUUCGAUUCCCGCCAGGGGAAUAUUCACUCGUGUGGCCGCCUCUAUGCUGCCCGACGAGGAUGACCCGGUCGUGCCCUUUGACCGCCAUUUUGGCGGCAAGCUGAAAUCCGGAAUUGCGGGUGGUAGUGGCAAGCUUGGCCUUAGAGAUGCCUGGACCACCUUUGAUCAGCCUGCUCGCACUCGCUUUGUUAAGGUCAUCCUAGAGGCUCUUGCCAUUGAGGUUGCACUAGGUGUGGUUGGGAUACUUCUAAUAAUGGGCGAGGUGGCUCUGUAUUAUGCUUUCUUGUUGUUCUCGACGUCCGUGUAA